AUCUCAUUCUUUCUAUACUUCGUCUUACCCUCUAUAUUGAAAACAAUAUACACACCACUGCCUUCUUCCUUCUCUUACACUCUCUCUUCCUCACUCUUUCACUCCUUCUUCCUUCCUUCCAUUCAACCCACGGUUAUUCUUUUAAACAUUAUCUCUCGAGUGAAACGAAAUGUAGCCUCCUUGGAUUCCACCACAAACGACUAUUCAGCCCUCAAAAUACAUAAAUGCAUGGACAGUACUCGGUGAGGUAUUUGUAACAUCCUCAGUCUGUCUGUUUAUCAGCCAGUCUGUACCUCAUCCCCGUCUCUCUCUCUGUUUCCGUGGUCAGCUAAAUGGCUAACAAGGAACACCAGGACUCAAUAAUGCUCAAGGUUGAGCAGGGAACUCAUGGAAAGGAACCCAGUAAAGCAAUGAAAGACAACAAACCUACAGAAAAGAAACUCUUCAUGAAAGUGGCUAGUCUUGUGGCAAUGACUGUACUGAAUUCCACUGUCGUUCUGCUAAUGCGGUACCUAAGGAUGCGUCAAGGACCUCUCUUUAUAUCAACAACAGCUGUCGUCAUGUGCGAAGUCUUUAAACUCUUCAUAAGUAUGUUGUGUGUUGUGGUUGAGGAACGCAACUUAGUUCGCCUGCCCUAUAUAAUAUACGAUAGCUUCUUUGGCAGUUACAUUGAUACUUUGAAAAUGAUGGUACCUUCGUUUUUAUACACCCUUCAGAAUAAUUUAUUCUUUGUAGCCAUAUCAAACCUAGAUGUUGCAACUGUACAGGUUCUCUAUCAACUUAGGAUUUUCACUACAUGUUUAUUCGCUGUGAUAAUACUGGGAAAAGAAAUCAAUCGCAGUCAAGGUAUAGCGAUUGUGAUGUUAUUCGUCGGUGUCUGUGUAGUACAGUUAAACCUCGACACAGAACAAACACAUGAACAUGUUGAGCAACAGACUCAGAAUAAUUUUCUUGGAGUAAUUGCCAUUGUCGUCUCUGUGUUCCUUUCAGGGUUUGCAGGGGUCUACUUUGAAAAAGUCCUCAAAUCAACCUCCAAAUCAGUUUGGAUACGCAACAUACAGUUGGCCAGUUACGGCAUCUUCCUUGGUUUCAUAGGAAUAGUCACAAAAGAUGGAGCUACUAUAGCUGAAAAAGGUUUUUUCUUUGGCUACGAUAACCUUGUGCUUCUGUCGCUUUUCAUUCAAGCUUUUGCUGGCCUCAGCAUUGCUGUUGUGUUCAAGUAUGCUGACAACGUGCUCAAGUCAUUUGCCUCCUCCAUGUCCAUCAUAAUUUCUUGUGUUGCUGCUGUCAUAUUCUUCAAAACACACCUUACACCUGCAUUCUACUGUGGUACAUUUUUUGUUAUAUGCUCCCUGUUUCUAUACAAUAGAUAACUCAACCUGUUGCCCCUAUUUCAUACAAUAACCUGGUCCAUGCUGAGGCCUUCAGCCAAGUCAUACUGCUUCAUAGCAAACAUUCAGGUCAGGUUGAAGGCCUGCAGAUAAUAUCAUCCUCUAAGUAAACCAUUCAUAUAUAUAUAUUUAUCUAUUUAAACAUUUAAUCCAUAAUCAUUAGUCUGACAAAAUGUAUGAUGACAGGCAAAUGGUCAUAGAUUGAAUGCUUAUUCACUCUCAGAGGUAUCUGAGUCUUUUACUCUGUGUGGCCAGACAUAGAGCCUUUUGAACUUCUCAUCCCCUGGUCCCCUGGAAUGUGUAUGUGUAUACAGAGAGAGAGGGAGGGAGGGAGAGAGAGAGAGAGAGAGAGAGAGAGGAGAGAGAGAGAGAGCAACAGGCAGAGACAUAAGUUUCACAGAUAAAUUAAUUUAAAUACUUUCAAUAGCUAUUUC